AUGGAGUUGUCGUGGAGACCUAGUCAUGGCGAUUUUCUUGCGGAAGAAGCAUCACGAAGCUUUCCAUUCACCUUUGGCAGCUUCUUUUCCAACUCUGCGUCGACAAAACCCAGCAGAGAGGAAUGGGUAAAAGAUAUUGGCGACGAAUUCUUCCUUCAGCAGUCGGAGAGGCCACAACGAACACUUGCUAACGCACACAUGCCGCCACCAUAUGACUCUGGCGAUGAUGGAGAUGACGAACACGACGACGAUGAUGAUGAGAAUGAUGAGAAUCAUUUUGCAGACGAUAUUGAAAGAUACUGCAUCGACUUUAGUGAUUACGUAUUCAAUGGGGUCGUCGAUCGAAUUGAUCCUUUAGUCUUGGAUCAUGUCAGUCCAUGCCUGUCGACAACUCGACAAUCGUCUUCUUCCCUCAAUCCGGCGCAUGACGGCCACAUCAGUCUACAAGACGCGACAUUUCCUGCCUACUUUCAGACCUUGGAUGCAAGAAUUCAGGGUGGCAAAAGAGGGACAUCAUGCCGCCAUGAGCAAAGCCAGCCGGUGUUCCGAACAGAAGAUGAGAACAUCGAGAGCAACGCAGAAAACAGACGCUCAAAGGACCAUAAUCAGGGAAAUGAACUAGGAGAUUGUGUCAUGGUUGAGGGAGAAGAAAGCGAAGACGAAGAAGACGAGAUGACGGACUCGUGCUUGAAUGUGAUUGACCAUCUGGACUACGUCAUGUUCCCAACCGCCGAAGUUCUGGAAUUCGUCCGCGGAGGAGAAAUGGAAGUUCUGGAAGACGUUGAUGAUGAAGAAGAAGCCACCUGUAGGCGAUUCCUAGGAGCGGAACAAUAUGACGAAGAAGACAAGAAGGGGCUCGGAAGGGAGGAGUUGGAGAACCGGGGCCGAAGGUGGUUCAGGUGCGGAGUCUUCUCCAAGGACGUGACUCGGCGACUCCACCGACUAAGAUACGGAUGCUAA